AAUGAUUACACCCAUAGAGGAACCCAGUUUGCACUGAGCUGUUGUAAAAUCACUGCUGGUUCAGCAUCCACCACAACACACUGCUUAGUAGAAAAGCGUAUUUUGAUUUUCUCCUCUGAUUUGGAACACCUAAACAGGUACGCUGGAAUUUUCUGACACCCACUCGGACAUGUCCUAUGUCUUCAUUAACGACUCAUCGCAGACCUCCGUUCCCCUGCUGCAGGCCUGCAUUGACGGGGACCUGCCUUUCGCCAAGCGGCUACUGGAGACGGGCUGUGACCCAAAUAUACGGGACAACCGGGGUCGUACGGGCCUGCACCUAGCAGCUGCCAGGGGGAACGUGGACAUCUGUUGGUUCCUCCAUAAAUUUGGGGCAGACCUCCUGGCUACAGACUACCAGGGUAACACAGCCCUGCACCUCUGUGGACACGUGGAUACCAUCCAGUUCCUGGUGUCCAACGGCCUCAAGAUAGAUAUCUGUAACCACAACGGGUCAACUCCACUGGUACUGGCCAAGAGGCGCGGGGUGAAUAAGGACGCUAUCCGUCUGCUGGAGGGCCUGGAGGAGCAGGAAGUUAAAGGAUUCAACAGAGGAGCCCACUCCAAACUGGAGACCAUGCAGAUGGCUGAGAGCGAGAGUGCGAUGGAGAGCCACUCCCUGCUCAACCCCAACCUCCAGAACAGUGAGGGGGUUCUGUCCAGUUUCAGGACCACCUGGCAGGAGUUUGUAGAGGACCUGGGCUUCUGGAGGGUGCUGCUACUACUGGUGGUUAUCGCCCUGCUCUCCCUGGGCAUAGCUUACUACGUCAGCGGGGUGCUGCCCUUCUCCGCCAGCCAACUGGAGCUGGUACACUGAGGAAGGAGGAAGAGAGGGAUGGCGGUACUGGGUCACAGAUAAGAUGAAGGAGCGGAUAGAAAGAUGACAAGAAUGGAAGGUUUGGGGCGACAUGCAAGGAAGCACUGGGGUUAGAUUGGUAGGGGUGGGUGGAUGUGUUUUAAGUUUUAGAUUCACUCGCACACACAUACACACUAACAUAAUUCCAGCAAAACAUUCCCUUUCCAACCUUAGAGACUACUCUUACCUUAAUAAUCCAGUUGUCACCCAUUCUAGCAGAGGGCAAAGUCAUGCUUAUUCUCAUGUGAUGUCAUUGUGAUUGACAUGACUAGCCAGGGCUUGUUGUCCAUAUGUGAUGGUUAACAGUGAAGAGGUCGGGUGACUGGCUUUUACGUAGCUGGGCCACGUCCCAAUUAUCUCUCAUUCCUCCUAAAGUGUGCACUUGUUAACUUCCCUUCACUAAUUUGAAAGGAUAUGACUGGUACAGUGGGGAGAACAAGUAUUUGAUACACUGCCGCUUUUGCAGGUUUUCCUACUUACAAAGCAUGUAGAGGUCUGUAAUUUUUAUCAUAGCGAGAGCGAGAAGAACAAUUAUGGUCCAUGCUUUUAACACCACGUUCUGUUCCUCUGAAAUCAGCAGAAAGAUACAAUUAUGAGCCCCCCCACAAACACACACACACUGACCUCCCACCCCUCAUUCCCCGCUCCCCCAACUGUGAAAUUGAACACCAGCCAGGAAAGAUGGAGGAGGAGGAUGAGGAAGGGAAGGUGGAAAGGGAGAGCAUGUGGAGAAAGAGGGAGAAGAGGGGUUGGAAUAGAAGGAAGGAGAAGGAGGAGAAGAGGAGGAGUUGGGGGCUAGUAGGAGGAAGAGGAAGAAAAAUACUUUACUCAACUUAAACCUACAAGGAAAUCCCAUAUCACAUACAUCAAACACUAUGGCUAGUUUUCUAUCUUCAGAUAAACCCUCAGAUAGGGGUUAAUAUUGACUGGUCUGGCUAGGUCUAUGAACUGUAAAUGCCUAGACUAGCAAUUUAACCAUUUAAUUUUAGAGGAAAUAGGGCAUAGUCUCACUGAAGAAAAAUAUAAAUAUACAGUGGGAGAACAAGUAUUUGAUACACUGCCAAUUUAGCAGGUUUUCCUACUU